AUUGAUCGAUUCGAUUUGGAGAAGAGCUUUUUAACUUUUGAAUCGCGGUUCGAAUGUGGUAACUUGCGCAAAGCGAUUCAGGUGCGUCAGUUCGAAUAUGAUCUCAUCUUGAGUCCGGAUAUCAACACGGUCUCCAACUUACAAUGGUUCUAUUUCCGCGUUGCCAAUGUGGAAUCCGGUGUAGAUUACCGUUUCAACAUCAUAAACUGCGAGAAACCGGGGAGUCAGUACACCUCUGGCAUGCAACCGUUACUGUUCUCGGUUCGAGAAGCUCUCGAGGGUCGACCCUAUUGGAUACGCGCGGGGACUCGAGUAAAUUACUAUCGAAACCAUUUUAACCGACUUUCAGUAGGAAAAAGCUCCGCGGAUGGUGCUACCUACUACACGGCCACAUUUCAAAUCCGCUUCCCGCAUACCGGUGAUGUGUGCUAUUUAGCCUAUCACUACCCGUACACCUAUACUCGACUACUGACAGACAUUGCUCGUUGGCAGGAGCAGGCAAACGGAUCACACUCCGAUCCGGUCUAUUUCCGUGUUCAAUCGUUGACUACAUCUGUGCUGGAAAACCCGGUCCCCGUACUGACAAUCACCUCAGCACGAACUAAUGAAGAAUCCCGACAACAGGCCUCACCGGAUAGUGUGACCACCGCGAAACCCCAAUACCGUCCGUAUAUUUUUCUCACCGCACGCGUUCACUCGGGCGAGGCGAACUCGAGUUGGGUGAUCCAGGGAUUGCUUGAUCAUCUGCUCUCGGAUCAUCCCAGCGCAGUUCAGGCACGCCAGCAAUUUAUCUUCAAAAUCGUGCCCAUGCUGAAUCCGGAUGGUGUGAUUUGUGGCAAUCAUCGUUGUUCCAUGGCCGGGAAAGAUUUGAAUAGACGAUGGAGCAAUCCAUCCCUGUUCAAUCAUCCGACAAUUUAUCACACGAAGAAACUUUUACACUUGCUUCACGCCUGUGAUCGGUCUCCGUUUAUAUUCAUCGAUUUUCAUGGACAUUCACGAAUGAAGAACAUCUUUCUUUACGGCUGUAGCCCUUUCGAAUCUUGGAAAAAUCCGGAUACAGAUAAUCCAACAUAUCGAGGGCCAGGACUGGGUGAAGAUCCAUCCUACAGGCAUCUGGCUAGUAUUCUAGACGAAAUAGCGCCAGCUUUUGCGAAGCGAUCUUGUCUAUAUGUGGUGAACAAAUCCAAAGAGACCACCGCCCGUGUGGCUGUUUGGCGGGAGUUCGGUGUUGUCCGAUCUUACACGAUCGAGGCGUCUUAUUGCGGAGUUACUCGGUUCGCCGGACAACCAGCGGACUCGAACAGUUCAGACAAAACGGCUCCAUUUGUGGACGGUCACCAGAUGAAUCCAUUUCAUUUGAAAUCUUUCGGAGCACAACUAAUCGAUGCGUUUAUACGUCUGCCCAGUCAUACUGAUCGUCUCGCGAUUCGGGAUUUAAUGACCAACGUGCCAGAUGCACCAGCUCAAUUUAUUCUCGAAGGCGGUCCGGAAUUUACCGGAGAGCCCUCCGAUAUCUCUUUCGCACAACCGCCUUUGUGCAGUAGUUUACACUCACGACCCGGAUCCCCAUCGAUCGAUUCCGCAUGCUCGUUACCGUCAACUAUUUCUCCCGGAUCCUCGGCUCACUCCCUCAGUAGUCACUCCUCAUUAUCCGCACGCUUAUCACGAUCAACUUCCAGUCGUUCGUCUAUCUCAUUAACUGAUGGAUGA